CCACUUGCAACAUUUUUUCGUUGGCUUGGUGCAUUCAAUAUGAUAAUCGCGGUUUCUUAUCUAGCUUUCUUGUCGUUUCAAUGAAUGAUCAAAAUCAUUCGUUGCUUAUUCUUUUCAGUGUCAUGUAUUUGUUAGACGAAAUUUUAUGUUGUGCCUUCAAGUUGUGGAACUUACAAUAAUUGUUGGUGUUGUAUGUUAACAUUAACGAGACUUUAUAGAAAUGGUGAAUAUAGACACAAUACAAAAAAAUUAUCCGCUGCAUUGGCUUGUAUGGAAUAACAAUUAUGUAGAACUCGAAGAGGAAUUAUCUACAAAGCUGCAUAAUAUUGAAAAACUUGAUAAUAGAGGAAGAACACCAUUGAUGUUAGCUGUGACUUUGGGUCACAUUGAAUCUGUUGGAGUAUUAUUGCAACAUGAAGCUAAUGUUAAUACAGAAAAUACUCAAGGAUGGACUGUGGUACAAGAGGCAGUUGGUACAGGAAAUCCUGAAUUAAUACAAAUGGUGUUAGCACAUAGAGAUUAUCAAAGAUAUUGUAAUCGGGUAGCUGGUAUUCCAGAAUUGCUUCAUAAACUUAAACAAGCUCCUGAUUUUUAUGUGGAAAUGAAAUGGGAAUUUACUAGUUGGGUUCCUCUUGCCUCUAGAAUAUGUCCUAGUGAUACUUAUAAAGUAUAUAAACAAGGCAGUAAUGUGCGAAUUGAUACAACUUUAUUAGGAUUUGAUCAUACAAAAUGGCAACGUGGAAAUCGUAGUUAUGUUUUCAAAGGACAAACUGCAUCACAUGUACCUGUGGCAAUUAGAUGUGAACGGAGUUAUGUGUUCAGUAUGGUUGGACAAGAGUCAGAUGAUGGAGCAACAAUGAUGGAAGUAGAUCACAAAACAAGAAAAGUAUAUGUUGAGCAUAUUAAACUUGUAGAUAUUGAUGAUAUGCAAUUAAUGGAACCAUCUGAAGAAGGAGUACUAGCUCGACUUACAAAUCCAAUAGUUACUACAUAUAUAGAUACAGAUAAAAUUAGUUUUGAACGUAAUAAAGCUGGUUUAUGGGGAUGGCGCUCUGAUAAAAGUGAAGUAGUUAAUGGACAUGAGUGUAAAGUGUUUAGUGCAUGUAAUGUAGAAUUAAUAACGAAAACUCGAUUAGAACAUUUAUCUGAACCUGAUAAGGCACGGGCUCGUGCACCUCGUACACCUCUUCAAUCAUUUCUUGGUAUGGCUGAACAGCAGCAAGAGAACAGUAAUAGCGCAACUACUAGUGAAGAAUAUAAUAAUAUUGGAAAUCCUUCUAAUAUAACAGCUGAAGAAUAUUUUGAUCCAGAUGUUGAUUUAAAUGGAAGAGAUAUAGGUAGACCAAAAGAAGUUAAUACAAAAAUUCAAAAAUUUAAGGCAACUUUAUGGCUUAGUGAACAGUAUCCAUUAAGUCUUCAAGAACAAAUUAUGCCAAUUGUUGAUCUUAUGGCGAUAUCUAGUUCACAUUUUGCAAAACUAAAGGAUUUUAUCCAAAUGCAACUACCAGCUGGAUUUCCUGUUAAAAUUGAAAUUCCUUUAUUUCAUAUAUUAAAUGCAAGAAUAACAUUCGGGAAUAUUUUUGGUAUGGACCAAGAAGUACCUCAUGUAGGACAUUUACAAGAAACUAAUAGAAUGACUUGUUUAGUUGAUGAUAUUUGUUUUGAAGCGCCAAUGGGAUAUGUAAAACUAGCAGGUGCUGAAGUUCGAACACAAUUUAGUAUGGAAGAAGAGGACGAUCUAUUACAAUUUGCUAUUCAGCAAAGUUUAUUAGAAGUUGGAAGUGAACGUGAUGAGGUUGAUAUAUGGGAAGCCUUAAGAGCGCAGAAACCAUCACGACCUACUACGCCUAAUAUGACUACUGAAGAAGAAAGGCAGCUACAAAGAGCUAUACAGGCAAGUUUGGCGCUUUGUCAAGAUAAUACUGCUGGAUGUGCGAGCGGUCGAAAUAACACGGAUAAAACAAAUGACUUAGAAAACAGUGAUUCGCUCGAAGAUACAGCGGAACAAUUAAGACUGGCUUUAAGACUUUCAGAAUUACAACAGUUAGAAGAAGAACAGCGUCGAUUAUUAGAAGAAGAAACAUUUCGACAAGUGUUGGAAUUAUCUCUUACAGACAAAUGAAUGUGCAAUAGUCACUGCAAAUUUGAUCAAAUUAUACUUCCACGACUACGUGAAAUCUUCCAAAAGCAUGACUAUUAAACGCGAAAUCAUUUCCUACAAUU